CUGCGUUGCUCGGCAAGUCUCGCCUGUGAGCUUACGAAGUCCGGACUAGCGGAGUAUUGAGAGACGGCCUCAGUUUUCUUUGUGCGCCAUCAUCUGCAGAGUGACGGAUCUGUCUGAGAGCUGUCGGUGGUUCGGUGAGGAUCAGCUGUAACUUUUUAUGGUCAAGAUGUUGAUGAUCGUGCUGCUCUUACACGGUGUGUGUGUGCUGCUGCUGGCUGCACCGACGGUUUCUGCAGUGUCUCUGUCUGUCAGUCCAAACCUUCAGCAGGUCUUCAGAGGAUCUUCUUCAGUGUAUCUGAGUUGUGUUGAUGAUGGACAGACAGCUGAUGGAUGGACAGUGAAGAGGACCAGAGGAGGACUCACUGAGGACUGUGGAGCAGCUCCAGGCUUUGGGAGGCUUCUUGGUUCCUACUGUGUUGUGGAUCUUUCUGCUCCCAGUGAAACUUUCUGGUGUGAGGACUCCUCUGGACAGCAGAGUGACAGAGUCUCCUUCAGUGUCCAAUCAGACACUACAGAUAGAGCUGUCAUCCUGGAGAUCCAUGCACUUCCUGUGAGGACAGGAAGUGAUGUCAUUCUGCGCUGCAGACAGAGGAAUGGUGCCACAGUCGCAGCUUAUUUCUUCAUCAAAGGAAGUUCUGUUGGUCCUAAACCAGAGCACAUCAUCACUAACAUCACGCAGGCUGAUGAAGGUCUCUACUCAUGUUCUACUGAACAGGGUGGAAAGUCUCCUCAGAGCUCUCUGAGGGUCAGAGAUUCUCCUACCAUCAUUCAUCCUCCUCCUCCUCACUGUCCUCCUCCUCCAAGCACCUCCACAAACUUUGAUCCUCCUCUUUUGCUCGACAAAAAAGUGUCUCUGUCUGUCAGUCCAAACCUUCAGCAGGUCUUCAGAGGAUCUUCUUCAGUGUAUCUGAGUUGUGUUGAUGAUGGACAGACAGCUGAUGGAUGGACAGUGAAGAGGACCAGAGGAGGACUCACUGAGGACUGUGGAGCAGCUGCAGGCUUUGGGAGGCUUCUUGGUUCCUACUGUGUUGUGGAUCUUUCUGCUCCCAGUGAAACCUUCUGGUGUGAGGACUCCUCUGGACAGCAGAGUGACAGAGUCUCCUUCAGUGUCCAAUCAGACACUACAGAUGAAGGUGUCAUCCUGGAGAUCCCUGCACUUCCUGUGAGGACAGGAAGUGAUGUCAUUCUGCGCUGCAGACAGAGGAAUGGUGCCACAGUCAAAGCUUAUUUCUUCAUCAAAGGAAGUUCUGUUGGUCCUAAACCAAAGCACAUCAUCACUAACAUCACACAGGCUGAUGAAGGUCUCUACUCAUGUUCUACUAAUCAGGGUGGAAAAUCUCCUCAGAGCUCUCUGAGGUUCAGAGAUCCUCCUACCAUCAUCCAUCCUCCUCCUCCUCACUGUCCUCCUCCUCCAAGCACCUCCACAAACUUUGAUCCUCCUCUUUUGCUCGACAAAAAAGUGUCUCUGUCUGUCAGUCCAAACCUUCAGCAGUUCUUCAGAGGAUCUUCUUCAGUGGAUCUGAGUUGUGUUGGUGAUGGAGAGACAGUUGAUGGAUGGACAGUGAAGAGGACCAGAGGAGGACUCACUGAGGACUGUGGAGCAGCUCCAGGCUUUGGGAGGCUUCUUGGUUCCUACUGUGUUGUGGAGCUUUCUGCUCCCAGUGAAACCUUCUGGUGUGAGGACUCCUCUGGACAGCAGAGUGACAGAGUCUCCUUCAGUGUCCAGUCAGACACUACAGAUGAAGGUCUCAUCCUGGAGAUCCCUGCACUUCCUGUGAGGACAAGAAGUGAUGUCAUUCUGCGCUGCAGACAAAGGAAUGGUGCCACAGUCGCAGCUUAUUUCUCCAUCAAAGGAAGUUCUGUUGGUCAUAGUCUUAAACGAGAGCACAUCAUCACUAACACCACGCAGGCUGAUGAAGGUCUCUACUCGUGUUCUACUGAUCAGGGUGGAAAGUCUCCUCAGGGCUCUCUGAGGGUCAGAGAUCCUCCUACCAUCAUUCAUCCUCCUCCAAGUGCCUCCACAAACUUUGAUCCUCCUCUUUUGAAAAAAGAAACAGUCUGAGGAGGAGUAGCUGGUGAUGAAGAGCAGCCUGUGUGUAUAUACAGGAUAAAGUAUUUAGUGUGUAUUAAGAUGAAGAUGCAGCUUUGCUGUGGCCUUCCUCUGCCAACAGAUAACAGAUAACUAACCUCAGCCAGAUGUUCUGCAGCUGUUUCUCUAACAUUAGAAGUUUAUAAUGAUGAUGACCGCGAGCGUGUUUCUGCUGUUCUGAUGGAUCUCCACAGAGUGUCCUGACUCUGUGUCACAUGUGGGGUCAAAACGCUUCAUGUGGUUUAAAGGUCAAAGCUGGUGACUGUCAGGAAGCAUCAGACAAACAACAUGAAACACCCCCUCUGACCUCAGAGCUCCCUGAGGCCACACCCACACUUCCUGUCAGUCCCUGUGAUUGACAGCUGCCUCCAUCAGUAUCAUAUAUAUCCAUAUAAUCACCCUGACGCUAUGAUGUUGUGAUGUUGGUUUUUACUUAUUAACAUGAUGUCUCGUGUCUCUCUGUCACACAUACAGUAUUUAAUCAUUUUCUCA